CUUAUUAAAUGUCAAAAAAUUCAUGAACAAGUGAACCAGAUAGUUCGACAAGUGGGUUGAUGGAUUUUGAUUUUUGUGUCGAUUUCGGAUUUUUUUUAGUAUAAUGAAGUGGAAUAUUUUCCAAUUGAAAUGAUUUGAAACCAAAAUAUACAUUGUUGUCGCUUUUGUAAAAUGAUUUAUCACCUACCUUCUGGUUGACUACUCAAAAUUUUGAUCAUGAAUGGAAUUACUUUAAUAGAAGAAGGGUCAGUGGUUGAUCAUAGACCAAAAAUAACAUGUGCUGGAGAAAUAGAAGUGUUCUCUAGGAUAGAAGACAAUCUGUCAGAGUCUUUACCAAAAGACACUUGCGAGUGGAGAAGGACACUGGGUAGGCCAGUUAGAUCAGUGCAUAUCGGAGCAACUUUCGUCCCCUAUAGCCCGGAGGCGUUGCCUAAAGGAAACCAGUGGGAUCUAAUAAAGCAGCCUUUGUUUCACAUUUAUUGGACUGAUUGCACGGAUGUUGAUAUUUACAAAAAUUCUGUCAAAGAAGACAUAGAAAUCUGGCUCAAAGAACUUUCUGCCAAAGAUAUUAAUGACUGGUUGAUUGUUGUAGUGGAGAAUUUUGAUGGGAAAAGGUCUAAUAAAUUACUGCCAAGGACAACUGUCCUGGAUAAAAUCAGGGCUGAUUUCGCCCCUAAGCAAGGUGAUCGAUGUAUUUCUGUGAUAAAUCCGAGUAAAAUUGAGUCUGGUCCUACGGAUUCCUGGAGAGGAUUGAAUAAUCGCAUUAGGCAUCUUCUAUUAGUGGCAUAUGCUAAAGCUGUUUAUAGGCUAGAAGAUUAUGUACGUCAGCAGAGAGAGAAGAGAAAUGAACCUGGUUGGGAUUUUAUGGAGUACUUUUCUCUACAAGAGGAAUUAGCUCAAGUUUUAGAGAUGUUAGGACUCUAUGACGAAGCUUUAGUUCAGUACGAUGAACUCGACGCAUUAUUUUCCCAGUUUGUUGUGAAUGGCAUUACUAGUGAAUCUGUUACGUGGCUCAGUAACUUUCAAAAACCAUUAGAAAGGUGGCACGGGCUUAAGCUGGGGCCAGCGAAAUUACCAAAAGAUCCUUCCAUAUUAGAACUUAGAGCAUAUCUAUUCGCCAAACAGGCCCAUAUGAUGCUGCUCACAAACAAGACAUGGGAGAUGGCCUCCCGAUGCUUGCCAUUUCUACACAAUUGCUGUAGAGAAUUAGUUAUUUUAGAUAUAACUGGUCCACCAGGUGCUUUUUCCAGUUGGUUAUUUUUAGCUGCAAUGGAAGUCCUGGAAACUUGUGACAAGAAUAAUCAUGCAGACGAAGUUAAAGAAUAUUCUUUACAUACGGCAGCGUUAUGGGAGUAUGCUAGUCAUAAGAUCAGAGGCUUGGGUGAAUUAUGUGGUUUAAUGCCUGGGGGAACACCAACCUCAGCGCAGCUCCAUAUUGUAGUGGGGCUGUCGGCAGGAAUGGGGGAUAAUCCAGGUACACCUACAUCUCCUUCUCCUACUGAUACUGAAUUGGCAGAACUGGCGAUGGGUACCUACAAACACAUCGGCCGCCUGCGCUCCGCAAGACUAGUCGGAAGAGAAGUGGCCUCCUUCUACAUGCUGCUGGGAGAAACGCAAAAAUCCGCCGCCUUCCUCAGCGACCUUUUAAAAACGUUUGAGCAAGAUGGCUGGCAUGAGCUGGUAGCCCAGACUCAAAUCGAACUAGCCGAGUGUUACAAAAAGGCGCACGAUGUCAAAAAAUUCGUCGGAGCCAGCGUCCACGUCUGCGCCGCCCCCGAAAUAGACACGUUAAUUCGCUGGACGUACUUUGACGACAUGCGAAAGUAUCUCGACUCGCUCGACGAGCCCCUCACAGUGCCUCUAGGUGAUAUUAUUAAAAUAAUGAGCGUCAACGUUAAAAAUGAAGGCGUUGUGAUGCAGGAUAGCGCUAUAGAAGUGGAACUCAUCAUCGAAUCGAACUUCCCCAGGGAGGUCGUCUGCACGGAUGUGAUUAUUUCGCUGGAAGCGGACGGCGGCAAAAAAAACACCGCCGAAAGGUACUGUUCAGGCCAGCUGCUCACCAACAAGGACAUGAGGUCGCAAGAUCCCGCUUUGCAGAGGCUAAGGAUCAAGAAGAACCUUGACAUCAAGCAGGAUAAACAGCUGGCAUCAGCAGGGAUUGCGUCCAAGUUUACAGAACUGAAGAGGAAGGACAGUUCGCCCGCAGCGCCAGUCCAGACAGAUUUUGGAUACUGCUUGAAUGCCUUUAAUCUGCCCUUAGUGAUAACCCCAGGACUAAACAUGAUAAGACUGAAAAGGCAAGCGAAUCGCCUAGGAAAAUUCUGCUUGGGACAAGUAGCUGUACACCUGAAAAAUCUCCAUCUCGUUUCGACAUCACUCAUACCUAGGUUAACAUUCGAAGUGAAAGAAGAGCCCCCCUCGCUGAAACUUUACAAAAAGGCGGCACCUCUUCUGUCUGGCAUGGAACAAACUAUGAAUUUAAUUAUCACCAUAGGAAGUUAUACUAUCGAUUCACACUCGACGAUAAAACUCCUCGCUUCGCCGGGCCUGCUUCUCCAGGUCGCCCCUGAUUUCCCUCUGGUUGGCUCUCUGGAAAUCGAGGUGGGAGAAAACUUCCCCUUCACCAGUACCAGGCGUCACCUGAGGGUAGCGGCUGACAUGCUGUCGAGGGACCACCAGGUCACCAUCCACGUCCCGUGGACUUCAAAACCAAUCUUAGUGGUGCUCAGUUUUUCGCCGCCGCUCACCGCCAUCUGGAAGUUGUACACAGUGCUGCAGAGGAAGUUCGUGCAGAUCAAUGUGACGGGUCAGAGCGAAAGAGAUUUGUACACUGAACAGGCGAAAUUAAAUGUUGGAGAUGUAGAGUUAGCAGAAAGGAAUUGCGCAUCUAGUCAAGUUAUUUGCAACGGUUCAAGUUACGCUUACAUUUGGGAAUUAAUUGUAACCCCUGACAUGGAGUCUGUAAUAAAAGCCGAAUUUUCUCUGUCCUAUAACUUAGAUGACCAAAUUGGUGACAAUAAACUUUAUCAAUAUUUUUUUGAUAUCGUUGAUUACCAGACCCUCUACAUCCUGGACAGCGCCGUCGAACCAGCGAAGGGAAGCGAGUUCUGCCGAGUUGGCAUCGUUUGUCGGCUGAACCUCACCAUCGAAAAUACUGGUCAACUUUGUCAUGCGAACGACGACGUAAAAUCGGUGAUGUACGAAGUUCUCGCCGAACAGAGUGUUUGGGCGGUGUGCGGUAGAACUGCGGGCGUGGUCUCUUUCGAUUCCGACAAGACACAAACGGUCGUUUUGGAUGUGAUGCCGCUGACUAGUGGACACUUACCCUUACCGUUAGUUAGGAUAUCCAAGUACAUUCCUGCAGAGAGUGGGACGCCAGAAAGUUCAAAAAAGGGAGAUACUCAUCCACGCUUAGAGCCUUUUAGCCCAGGACAAGUAUACAAUAAGAGCAAAGGGAAACAAUUGCACGUAAUCGCAAGUACGAGCGAAGGUUAACGAUAACCAAAAAUACAUUUUUGUCAUACUCAUAGAGGGCAAAAUUUACGAUAAGCUAGAUAGGACUCGUUUUCGAAGCCAUUUUUUUCUUCUUUCAGUUGCGACUGAUUCAGUGCCAAUAUUGCUGAAAAUGCCUUUUUUGAUUAGUUUUAUUUUUUUAUAUCAUCACACCACGUUCAAAAAAAGUUGAAGCUCAAUUAAAAAAUGGAUUACGCUGCAGAUUUAAGGAUUAUAAGUUAGGUAAAAGUUUAUUUUUUUGUAUGUUAAACAAUUUUUAUCAUUUUGUUGUAUAUGUAUAUUGUACUAUUGGUGUAAAUAUUUUCUUUAUUUAUGAAAUGAUAAAAAUAAAGUGUAUAUUUAUUAUUUGUUAUACAACAGCUCUUAUUUACUUGUAUUCAAAUCAUCGUGUACCCAGGAUAUGUUUCCAACAGAAUCCAGUCCGCUAGUCAGGCAGCUGAACAUUUCUGGGAUAUAAAUAAAAUGGUAAUAUAAUAUUCAUAUAUUUAAAAGAUAAAACACCGUAAAAUGAAAUGAGUAAAAAUCCAUGCACAAAAAUAAAGCAUAAUUAAUAUACAUAUAUAAUAGAUCUCUACUAAAAAUAUAUCAUUAUAUACACACAUUCUAUCUCUAUACAAGUGAGUUACUUAGCUUUUUUCAUCACAAGUAUUGUUCAAUAUCGAGCAUCUUACAGUCAUGUUUUGUUACUUCUUUGUAUUUAUAUACAGGGUUAGAAAUAAGCAUAACAAAAACGCCAUCUAUGAGGAAGCCCGCCGAUGAGAAAUCGUUUUCCUUUCCUCCGCAGCAUCCCUGCCAUCAUUCAAGUUGACUUUAAAAUAGAACUCAAUUGUCAUGAUCAUUUCCUUCUUGUAUUGUUUUUGUUGAUGCCAGCCGAGUUCAAACAUCAAAUUCAUGAUCCAGACAAGUACCAAGGUAUAUCAAAACAAUGCUAUUCGAUUGAGUCAUAAAUGUAAUACUUUUAGGCUCUGAUUUUUGUAUAGCAAACAUCAUCGGAAGCAAUGAAGCAGCGGAUGAAGUGCCCUAUUUGAAAUUAAAAGUACUAUUGAGGUGGAAUAGAGCACUUCAACAUUGCGACAUUGCUUUUCAUUUUGUUUACCGCAUUUGCAGACAAAAAGUCAAAUCAUAAAAACCUGGAAACUAUGCUCCGCAAUAAGAAAUAUUAUUUACAUUGGUUACACUGGCCCUGAAAGCUUAAAUUUUAUUAUAUACAAAUUUGUUUACGAAAAUAUUCAAUUGAAACAUUUUUCAGGAAGUGUUUUUAUUCUGAAAUUUGAUAGUACAUGUGUCGUGGUUAGAAAUUAUUUAAAUCAUCUCGUAUAAUAUUCCCGUACAUAUAUCAAUUUCCAAUACUAUGAGCAAAAUUCCCACAAAUGUUCACCAAGUAAUGGUGAACACCCACGAAUUAGUUUUUGUUGAAUGGUGGCUAAAAAAUUUACAUUGUAUAGAUUUAUAGUUCUUACCACAAAGUUUAGGGAUUUCAAAACAAAAACUUUGUCACAAUUUUGUCACAUCUCAUGGGUGAGUGAAAACAUUGCUUUUUAGGAGAAUUUGUUGUCAAAUAACUUGUUCCAUUUCAGUUGAAUAAAUAAUUGAAUUUUAGACCCUUCAAUGCAAAAAGAUAAUGCUGAAUGUAACUGGCCAAUACUUGAUAAAAAUCCAUACCAAAAUUUAUACAGUUUGAUCGGAGAUUUUCACUAAGGAAGGUCCACAAAAUCUCACCGUACACUGUAUCGGGUUUUUUUGAAAGAGGAAACAUAUUUUUAUUGUGAAUUCUAAAAUCUUGUAUAAUUAUUAGCCAUUUCAUUUUUCCUGGGUCCGAUUUCAACGUUUUCCCUAAUAUUUUGGAAAUUACCGUUAAAACAGAAAUUGGCCUACAAUUACAACUUUUGCUGUCAAUUUUAAAUAUUGGUGAAAAUUUGGCUGCUUUCAUUUUUUCAGAAAAAAUCCCUCUCUCAAAAAAACGCUUUUAAAAAUGAACAAGGUAAAAUAAUGAGAGUCAUUUCAGUCCAAAAUCAAGAGUAAUGCAAGAUUGAAUUUAAAUAAUAUGCACUCAAUGAAUAUCUAUUUCUCUUCUCUUGUGAAGAAGACAAAAAUCCUUUUUUUAUCUUGUACUCUCGUUAUUAUAUAUCAUAUAAUUUAACACACACACACCCACUAUGUUUAUGGUAGGAAUGAAAUACCAAAAUAUAUGUAAUAACAAAAAUGGGUACAGUGGCAGCAUCCUUCAACCAGAUGAUUUUCUCAUGAGAAUUUAUCUAAUUGAUAGCCACGAUACUCUGUAAGUGACUUGGGGGAUUAUUCUGCUAUUGACUGGAAUAUUUUUCAAAAUUAAACAUGACAACCCAUUAUAUGUAUUAUGUUACUAAUACAAGGGGAGUUGAGUAGAAGAAAGGAGACAUAUCUAAUUCUAGGAUAACCCAAAGAGAAAAUCUAUGCGAUAAUACUCUCAGUGGAUUGAUUGUGUCCAAAAACGGUACUAAAUUCUGUUAUGAAUGGUUAAUGAACAUCCAAUGAUAUUUAACAAAUCUAUAAAGUGUGUCACAUAAUAUAAACUUCUAAACAACCUAUGUUUGACAAAGAAGUAACCAACACCAAUAGCACAUCAUCACAAUGCUUUGAAAUGCUCGGAUGAAUAAUAAGACUUGUGACUAUAAAUCAGCGUUCCCUCUUUCUCUCGACAAUCAACAAAAAAAAACAUAAAUUAAAACAUAGCUCAAAAAGUCAAUUUAAAAAUAUAGAGGAUGUUGUGCCUAUAAUGUACAUACUUUAAAUACACUUAAAAUUACUGUGACAAAAUGAACGCUGGAACUGUACCCGUUCUGUCACAGAGUCAACAAUAAAAAUAACUGUUAAAGCUUUCGACAAUUUUCAGCAUAAACUUUUAGUAAUUCUGUACAGGACAUUAUCACAAGUAUCUGGUUAAUCCAGAUUCAUAAUCAAUUCAUACAUAAUUUUCAAACGUAUUAAAA